AUGCCGAGGAUAGACUCGAAACGGUUGCCUCUCAGGCUCACAAGGUCAUGCACUGAUGUACUCAAUCCAUCUUUGCGGCUUGAGCAGGCUCUUCAUAUUACACAAAUUUUGACAUUUGAUCAUGCCCUCUUGUUUGGUGAGAGAGAGAAAAAAAGGAAGAAGAAAGAUUUGUCUCCUCCUCCUGUUGCAUAG